AUGCAGUCACCACUACUCCCCAACUAUACACCAUGUCGUGACAUAUUGGAAGGCAAGACUCGACGUAGAACUACCGUCAAUGUAGUCGGCAUUAUUGUGGACUGUCGUGCUCCAAUGCCAACGCAGGGCUCAGACUGGAAAUGUCAAAUACGAUUUUACGAUUCUUCCAUUGAGGAUGGCGACUCGAUCUCUAUCAACAUCUUCCGCCCGAAGAAUGAGUUCCCAAAAGUUCAAGAAUACGGGUCGGAAAUGUCGUUAAUAACCCAUUGGAGUACCAAAAUAUCGGUUUAUGAGUCUUCAAAGAUUCCCAAGCCUCCCGGGGAUGCCUCAGUCGCUCUGUAUUCUCGCAACAGCCCCAAGGAUACUCCACCUGACAGCAAAGAGAAUGAUUUUGUGUCUCGUAUGUAUCACACUAUUGACCGGAGCCGUAUUCCGAUUCAAGAAGACUUUGAGGUUAUGGUUAUGACUUCCACAAACGUCAAGGACAAGUUCAGACUACUUAAAGACGUUCAAGAUGGGCAGUUCUGCGAUAUAGUAGCUCAGAUUGUCCGACCGCCCUACGAUGGAGGUGACAAGAUAACUUUGUGGGUUUCUGACUAUACAGAAAACGCGGCAUUCUAUAAUUUCUCCAUCAGUGUAGAUGCUGCUUCUCCUGGGCGGGAUGGAGAUCCAUGGGGUUAUCUCGACAAGUUCACCACAGCCGCUCAGACGACUGACUGGCCAGGACCUUUCGGCAAGAGAUCCAUGCAAAUUACCUGCUGGGAACCUUAUGCGACUGUCAUUCGUGAAGAAAAUAUGCGCCCUCUGACAUGGAUAGACGCAAGAAACAUACAGAUCAAGACGAGCCGCAACGGUGCCAACUUGGAAGGAUAUUUGAGAGAAGAUCGUAGUGCUCUCGGUACUAAAUUUGGCAUCCAUGAAGUAGAUCUGACAGAUGACCCCGAAAGUAUUAACCAUCACGCGAAGGCAGCGUUGCAGAGAAAGAGGGAAUAUGAACGCCUGCGAAAAGAGCAGCUCAAGGACAUAAAGGAAGCCAGCAAAGCAGGAGAGAAGCGUAAGAAGGGCGUGGAAACUAAUGGGAAAUCGAAGAAGGAUAAUGCCAGAUCAAGGCGGGACGCCAAACGAAAAAAGGGAGCCAGCAGACAGGGUCAGGGUGGCGAACAAGCAGAAGACGACACAGUCCUGGUCGCGGACUUGAACACGCGAGUGAAAUGCGAGAACGAAGACAAGGUGACCAGUCGACUUGCCGAGAUAACCAGCAUUGUGCAACAUGAAACCACUAUCGAAGGGGAAAGCGUGAAACUCCCUCUACCAUUUGUCAACUUGAAUUACCGAGCCAACGUUCGAAUUGUCGAUUUUUCGCCUACCAAUCUUGCGGACUUUGCACAUCCUAAGAAGGGGUCAGAAUACGAUAUCCUAUCUGAUGAUGGCGAAGAGUCUGUGUCCAAUAGUGGUUCGGAUAUUGAAGACGAACAACCAAGCCAGACGAAAAUGGGUGCUUUCACUCAAGUACGAAAUUGGGAGUGGCGUUUCUUCUUAGAACUCGAGGAUGCUGUUGAUAGCGGCCAGCAGAAGAAGCAAAGACUCUGGGUGCUUGUUGACAAUCAAGCUGCUCAGUGCCUCACAAAGCUCGAUGCAUCUAAUUUGAGACAAAACAAAGAGGCGCUAUCUACACUUCGUGAAAAAAUGUUCACCCUCUGGGGGAACUUGGAGGAGAAGAAGAUGGCUGCUCAGGAAGCAGCAAAAAAUGGGAAACCACCAGCUGAUAGUGACGACGAGAACGGCCAAGUAGAUGGAAACGGCGAGUCGGGCAAGAUGCAAUUGACGAAUCGACCAUUUCCCUGUUGCAUACAACAAUACGGUGUCAAAGUCAGCGAAUCAGAUCCAUCAAGGGCCAGUGCAGGAAACGGGAAACGAUGGCAGAGAAUGUUCCGUCUCUUCGGCACUAUGAUUGCGGGAGGAUAG